AUGCCGUCCAUCCUCUCCGAAGCGGAUAAAGAGACUGUGAAGCGUACAGUGCCAAAGGCCGCCAACAAGAUCCAGGCUGUCGCCGUCGCUCGACUAUACGUUGCCCAUCCCAACCGAAACCGAUGGACGAAUACAGGCCUGCAGGGGGCUGCUGUCCUCUGCAAUGACUUGGUAGGAAAUACCUUCUGGAUCAAACUGGUCGACGUCUCUCCCGCCAACCGAGGCGUCAUUUGGGAUCAGGAAAUCUACGACACGUUUCAAUAUAACCAGGAUCGCACCUUUUUUCACUCGUUCGAGCUGGAACAUUGUAUGGCUGGCUUGUCGUUCGUCGACGAGAAAGAGGCGCGGACCUUCAAGAAGAAAAUGGAUGAGCGGGAAAAGAAUGCCAGCAAGCAGACAAAAGCGCAACCUUUUGCCUCAGGUGCCGGUGGAGGUCAGGUCUAUGUACCAGGGGGUUCUCAUAAACACCACAGUCGAGUGGGCAAUUUCCUUCGUCUUGGUGGUCACAGGCACAGUUCCAACAACGCUAUCCCGCAAGCGCAACCGCAGUCUAUCAUCCCUCAGCCCGUCUACAGCUCAACACCUUCGGGUCGUCCACAGAGUAGUGGAGAUAUCGACCUGGCAGAUCCUACUUGGAGACCUAUUCUCAAUGAGUUGGUGGAGAUGGGCAUCACCGAGGACCAAAUCGCCACGAAUGCGGCCUUCAUCAAGAACUACAUCAUGCAGAAACAGGCCGAAGAGAUGGCAAAUGGCAUUGCUCAGGCCCUGCCCCUUGCGGGCGAGACACGAUCAAGAGGGCCUCCACCACCGCCACCGGCCGCACCGCCCUCGCGAUUGAGCCCAGAUAACACGGGCAAUACAACUUCAUCGAGCCGGCGUGGCCCUCCGCCUGCACCACCGCCAUCAAGAAGGCCUGUGGGAGGCAGAGCGUCGUCACCUCCGCGGUCACCCUCACCACCCCCUCGCACGCCAUCUCCUCCGUCCACUCCGCAACCGAGAUUCCGUGCACCUCCUCCCCUUGCGGAUGCGGGCAAGUUCGCCGUCAAAGAAGGGCCAGCCAUGCAUCCUUCUGGGCGAACCCGAGCCUCGUCAGGGUCGCUUGCAAACCCUGGUCCUCCACCACCACCUCGUCCACCCAAGACGCCCAUCGAGGAAGAGCCGCAAGGCGUAUUCAGGGUGCCGCCUCCUUUUACAGGGGAGCGCAAGUCUUCAGCUCCUCCACCACCUCCCAGUCGUGGGCCUGUCCCUCCGCCGCCGCCAAGCCGAGAUCCAUCUACGGCUCAUGUCAUACCGCCUCCUUUACCACCAAAAGCAUCAACGCCAACCGCGCCAGCUUUCAUCCCUCUUCCCCCGCCGCCUCCCCCAGCUCGCAACAGUGCUCCUCCUCUACCGCCUCCCAAUACAAGGGUGGUUCCUGCUCCGCCAACAGGGACUGGACCACCUCCACCGCCGCCGCCUCCAAUGCCGUCCUUAUCUGGUCCUCCACCACCGCCGCCUCUCCCAUCGUCCUCGGGGCCACCACCUCCGCCUCCCAUGCCUGGUGCCAGUGGCCCAGCACCACCUUUACCCCCUGUAGGCGGCGAUGACCGUGACUCACUACUUGCCGCUAUUCGCGGCACAGGAGGGGGCGGCCUGCGCAAGGUUAGGGACACUGAGAAACGAGACCGGUCAUCAGCCAUGGUGCCGGGUACGGAAUCGAGUGCGCCUCCGCCACCAUCUGGUGCGCCGGGAAGUUCUGGUGCUGCUCCGGAUCAAGGCGGAUUGGCGGGUGCGUUGGCUGCUGCCCUCAGUCAGAGGAAGAAGAAAGUCAGCGGGAGUGAUGACGAAAAGGAGGACGAUGAUGACUGGUGA